CAAAACUGGGACAUCUGGGUAUUUUUAUCCCUACCGCUCAUACUGUAUUCUCUAUCCGAUAUUGCUCCUCCUCUGCCAAUUCAUGAUACGGAAGUCUAUGGACCAUUCUCCGUGCCAACAACACCCUAAGCAUGAGAUAAAGCCAAUGCCAGUAGUCAAGUCACGAUGGCCUCCGCAAAUAACGUCAUGGCAGAAACCACGCCUCUGAUCCAAAAUAGAUCUUCCAACUCCACGACCUCGCCGGAAACCCAGAAAAGAACUGGCAGAAAUGUCACGUUCAGUCCGAACCCCUCUGUUAUAUCAAUAGGACCAAAUCCAAACCCCGGCUUGCCUCCGGGCCAGGGCCAAAAUGUAGCUUCAGUAGCUUCAGGAAAUACUCCACCUACCUUCCAGCAACCGAUGCUCUCCAGCCUCAACAGCAAACUUCGCCGCCGAAAUAGCCACGGCUCUCCCCUCAUAAAUUUGCCUACUGUACCCAUUUCGAAAAUUGGCCCACAGCGAACCACCAAAAACGCUCAAAAGCUCAAGCUGCUCCCAAAUCCCGAGAUUGGUGAAGACGGACCCGACGAAGAAAGCGGUCGAGAUGUCUAUUCGCAGUAUACCCGAAUAAAGGAUCCUACCGCCCGGCGCGAUGCUGCCAGAUUAGGCAAGGCAGAUAGGGAUAGACUCCCCAGAGUCACGGCUUAUUGCACAGCCAAUAAAUACCAAAUGGACGGAUUGAUGCGUUUUCUCAAGGGCAGGGGCAAAACCAAGCAUGCGGCUCCAAAAUUAUUCGACGAAUGCAUAUACACACCCUACAACUACGGCCGGGCAACUCCUGAUCGAGCUCAGGAGGUACAGUCUAUGCCAGUACAAUUAAGAGAGAGGAGGCAUUCGGAUAGCGCCGUUGAGGUUCUGGACAACAAUCAACAACGACGAGAAGAUCUCAUUGAUUUGCACACCGAAGGCGGAGAUACCAGCGUAGUCAAUGGAGAUAUUGAUAUCCGCAAUCAUCCGCACUCGGAGCUUGUGGAGCGGCGGAUGGAGGAAGAGGUAAUACAUGCGGAAAGCAAUGUCGACUUCGAUAUCCAAGUACACACGCCAGAAGUUUUUCUUUUUGACUAUGGUGUGGUGGUAAUAUGGGGUAUGUCGGUGAAGGAAGAGCAACGGUUUCUCAAGGAAAUUGCGAAAUUUGAGAGCGAAAAGCUUGCUCCAGAUGACGUGGAGACCGAGUCCUUCAACUUUUACUACACCAAAGAAUAUCAAGCGCGGAUAUACAACGAUUUUAUAACAUUGCGAGAGAAAACCAAUUACAUGACGAAAUUGGCAAUUUCUCAUGCUCUUGCCCAGAGUGUCAAGGUAUGUCAUUUUUCAAAAGUCUGCUCCUGGCAAAAUAACUUGAGCUUGCCUCUGGCGCUCAGUUUAUCCUAACUUUUGAUUGCAGACUUCACUAUUUGAGGCACUUGUGGACGAUACCAUAACAACUUGCAAGGACAUACCAACUCAAAUCGCUCUCACCGGUGCCAUCUCUCUAUCACGAACGCAGAUUAACAUGCAAAUUGGCGAAUUAUUUAUUCUAAGAAUAAAUAUCCAUCUAAAUGGUUCUGUGCUUGAUGCCCCAGAGCUAUUCUGGGUAGAGCCUCAAUUAGAACCCGUCUACCAGGCUGUCAGGAGUUACUUGGAGAUGGAUCAGAGAGUCAGACUAUUAACAGAAAGACUAGAUGUCAUUGCGGAUUUGCUGGCUGUAUUAAAGGACCAAUUAUCUCAUGGUCACGGGGAAAAGUUGGAGUGGAUUGGUAUGUUUUCCCUGUCUGCAUCCAUUCGCCUACCCACGAAACUAAUUCAAAUCAACAGUAAUUGUUCUCAUCGCUGCUGAGAUCCUCGUGGCAGUAGUAAACAUAUGCGUCGAUAUUGUUGUUGGGGGAGAUUGAAGAGCCAUUAAUGAAAGAAGUGUACAACAUAAUUUUCUGACGCGGUGUACAAAUUCAGCAUAGCGUUUUUGGGAUAUGGCUAUUAGACUAGCUCCUGGGUAAUUUUCGGAGGAGUAAAGAGAGUAGUAGAUGAGCGCCUUGUAAAUUGUAUAUGCCCUGCUACCUUGUACAUAAUACGCAGCUUCAUGAGAUAUUUCGAACUAGUGGGGUUGAAAAUUGACGAUGAUGUUGGUGGGUCUGGAGGUGAGGACGAAUCUCAUUGUAUCACUUUUCUUGUAGGGCUAGUAUGUACCUUUUUGCUAAUCGUUG